AUGAGCUCCCAAAUUCAUCAGAAUUAUUCCACCGAGGUGGAGGCUGCGGUCAAUCGCCUGGCCAACCUGCAUCUGCGGGCCUCCUACACCUACCUCUCUCUGGGCUACUAUUUCGACCGUGAUGAUGUGGCUCUGGAGGGUGUGGGCCACUUCUUCCUCGAGUUGGCAGAGAAGAAGCGCGAGGGCGCUGAGCAUCUCUUUAAGUUGCAAAACAAGCGUGGCGGCCGCAUUCUCUUCCCGGAUGUGAAGAAACCUUCCCAAAAAGACUGGGGCAAAACUCAGAAUGCCCUGGAAGCCGCCCUGGCCUUAGAGAAGAACCUGAACCAGGCCCUUUUGGAUCUGCAUGCCCUGGGUUCUACCUGUGCAGACCCUCAUCUCUGCGACUUCCUGGAGAACCACUUCCUGGAUGAGGAGGUGAAACUGAUCAAGAAGAUGGGCGACCACCUGUCUGACAUCCGCAGGCUGACUGCCGCCCAGGCUGGGCUGGGCGAGUAUCUUUUCGAAAGGCUCAUCCUCAAGCACGACUAGGAGCCUUUGGAGCCUAGAGGCCUUACAGAGGCCCCUCUGCAUCACCCUGUUGUCUUUGGCUUUUACUUGAGCCUCUUCCCGAAACUACUAGCCAUUGUUUUAACCCAGGUGUCCUCAAACUACGGCCCGCGGGCCACAUGCAAAUACA